CCUUUCUGCCUGUCCGUGUCUCUUUUUGUUCAAUUCCGCUUUUUCUCAAACAACAACAAAAUCAAACCCUGUAAAAACUUCCACGCUUUCUCGCACGGAUCUGUUGUUUGUUUCGUUUUCUCCUACUCUCUCGCGGAUUAUAGGGCUUGCUGAAACAGAUCUGGCUCCAAUUGCCGAUCAAGAUGGUCAAUUCGAGCACUUUUAGGGGCGCAUAGCGGAGCCACAGAGCGACUACUCAGUAGGGUUUUUGAUUGUCGAGUUACGAUGGCGGCUAUGCAGAGAGUGGCGCAUUCGAGCGUGACCACCAGCGGUGCCAGCAGCUAUGCCUCGUGCAAGGGCGGGGGUGCUUCUGGCUCUGAAGCAGGGCCGCACGAUCAGUUCCCGGCUGGCCUUAGGGUUCUCGUGGUCGACGACGACGUUACUUGCCUCAGGAUUGUUGAGCAGAUGCUCAUUCGCUGCCGCUAUUUCGUUACCACUUGCUCUGAGGCUACUGUUGCUUUGAAUCUCCUACGGGAGAGGAAGGGGUGUUUUGAUGUGGUACUGAGUGAUGUAUAUAUGCCUGAUAUGGAUGGUUUUAAACUUCUGGAGCAUGUUGGGCUAGAAAUGGAUCUUCCUGUUAUUAUGAUGUCUGCUGAUGGGAGAACAAGUGCUGUGAUGAGAGGAAUUAGACAUGGGGCUUGUGAUUAUUUGAUUAAGCCUAUACGUGAGGAAGAGCUCAAAAAUAUAUGGCAGCAUGUUGUUAGGAAAAAGUGGAAUGAAAAUAAAGAACUUGAACAUUCGGGCAGCUUGGAAGAGAAUGACCGGCAUAAACGAGGGAAUGAUGAUUCUGAAUAUACUUCCUCUGGUAAUGAAGGAACUGAAGGAAUACUGAAAGCUCAGAAAAAAAGGAGCAAUGCUAAAGAUGAAGAUGAUGGUGGAUUGGAAAGUGAUGAUCCUUCUGCAUCCAAGAAACCACGUGUAGUUUGGUCUGUGGAACUCCAUCAGCAAUUUGUCAGUGCUGUGAACCAACUCGGGCUUGAUAAGGCUGUGCCAAAGCGAAUUUUGGAAUUGAUGAAUGUACCUGGUUUAACUAGAGAAAAUGUUGCUAGCCAUUUGCAGAAAUUUAGGCUAUAUUUGAAGAGGUUAAGUGGGGUAGCUCAACAGCAGAAUGGAGUUUCUAAUACCAUUUGUGGGCCUGUGGACCCAAAUGUGAAACUGGGUUCACUUGGACGAUUUGACAUCCCAGCAUUGGCUGCUUCUGGUCAAAUUCCACCACAAACACUGGCUGCCCUGCAUGCUGAGCUUUUAGGUCGACCAGCAGGUAACCUUGUGGCAGCAAUGGAGCAGCCUGCUCUUCUACAAGCAUCGUUACAGGGACCCAAGCGUAUCCCUGUUGAACAUGGUGUGGCAUUUGGUCAGCCUUUAGUAAAUUGCCAAUCAAAUGUUUCGAAACACUUUCAGCAAUCAAUAAUUUCUUCUGUGGAAGACGUUUCCUCUGGGUUAGGAGCUUGGCCAUCCAAUACCCUUGGUCCAGUUGCACCUAGUAACAAUCUUGGGGGGAUGAAUGCUCAGAAUGGCAACAUGUUGAUGGAUAUAUUACAGCAGCAGCAACGACAACAGCAGCAAGAAUCGCAGCAGCAGUCUAUGCUUCCUGAGCCUAGCCGUUCAAUCAAUGUGCAGCCGUCUUGCCUUGUAGCUCCCUCUCAGUCAUCUGCCAUUUUUCAGGCGGGAAAUAGUCCUGCUUCAGUCAGUCAGAAUUGUAACUUUAACAGGAGUUCUGUUAUUGAUUACAGUCUUCUAUCGCCACAAUCAAAUAAUUCCCCAUUGAAUAUAGGACAAUUCUCUAAUGGGGCUCUGAAAAGUACAGUAGUUCUUAGUGGUUACUCAGGCCCGGGUUCUAUUUCUCCUUCGGUGUCGUCUUGCUCUGUAAAUGAUGAUAACAGCAUGGGUCUGCAAGGUCAAAGGUCGACCAUUACAUAUGGUGCUGCCAGACAGUUGGCAGGGCUUGUUCCUAAUAUGCAUGAUAUUCAGGGUUCUUAUGUUGCGAAAACAGGUGAAGUGCUUGAUCAAGGACCUCUUCGGAAUCUUGGAUUUGUUGGUAAAGGUACUUGCAUUCCAAGUCGAUUUGCAGUAGAUGAUUUUGAAUCACAAAUGAACAACUUGAGCCAUGGAAAACUAUAUGUGGAGAACAACAAAGUUAAGCAGGAGCCAAGUGUUGAUUUUAUGGAUAAUGCAAGAAUGGGCAUCUCUAUGUUACAACAAUUUUCGUCGAAUGAUGUCACGAGUGUUUUUACAGAAUAGGCUUGAAUUUGUGUGGUGAGCUUGAGUAUUAAUUGCUACGGAGGUGGGAUUGCUACUUAAUUGUCAAAUGUCGAGAAGGGAUUCCUGUUAAAAGUCUGUAAUAUUGUUAGCAUUAGAUCGAUCUGAUUGCCAGUGCCUGUACCAAAUCUCGGUGCACUGUGGAAGCUUCUUAGAAGGAAUUGUUGUUGUGAACGUGUUUCUGUGAUGUGGUGGGGGGGACAGGUUCACGUGUGUAGGGAAGUAGGGUUACAACCUUUUUAAUUAGGGUAGGAAGAAUAAGUUGUGUCAGACAACAGCUUGAAUUGGGCUCCAACAUGGUGGCAUCUUGCCUACAUAAUUGUCUAGUUAAUUAGGUGUUUUUUUUUUUUUUUUUUUUUUUUUUUUUUUUUUUUUUUUUAACGCUAUUGAAAUGCUGCUCAUUUAUUUAUCACUCGCUGGAUCUGCUACUUGUAAAUAUAUUUCUAGUCUAAGCUGACCAACCAAACUUGAGCUAAUAUGGAAACCUCAAAUUGAGAGUUACGUCAUUGUCAGGAAAUUGGCAAAUGCUGGCAUCAUUGGCUAGCUACUUCAUAUUGGAGUUCUCAAA